AUGAAAGCUCAACAAUUCCCUAAAGCAUUUUAUCCAUACCUGUGGAUACAGAAAAACGCAGUACAUUAAUGACUGCAGUUCAUCUUCUGCAAUUCUGCUUCUCAGAUGGGGUUUCCUGCGGUGUAUAUCUUUUGAAUGGAGUUUGCAAGUCGGGAGCCACUUUUUUUCAAGAUGAACGUAAAUGCAGCUUUGCGCUACUUAAUUCUUGCACUGAUUUAACCGUUAAGACGCUUUUAUAAAUUGUCAAUGUGUAGAUUUAGGAGAAUUAGCUAACCCCAGUAUCUAGUUCACCUUAUAAAAACCCUGACAACAUGGAAUAUUCUGAUGUUUUGAACUGGAAUUAGGAGCCUUCGAACUGCAUCACCAUGUAGCCCAAAGGUAAUGUUCUGGUGCUUCAGACACCACAGCGGAAAUAUCCUGCCAGUAAUCUGAAAAUUUCCACCUCUGCUCAUCUGGAAAUCUCAGAGUCGAGUUUGCACAGUUUCUCUGCAGCCAGCCUCUUUCAGAAAUGUAUAUGGGGCUGUCAGCCCACCCUGGUUCCUGUGCCUGUACUAAGUUUUGAAGCGUCAGUGUGGUUAUUGGCGAGAGACCCACCAAAAGGCCCAGGAUGCCAGGAUGCCCAUCACUCAGGACAACGCCCUCAGCAUCCUCCCAUUGCUGGAGGACUGGCAGGGGGAUCAGGCUACAAGAUCACAGCAGGACCACAACCUGAAUCAGGACAUUUCUGGCUACAAGCAUGUCGAUCAGGACUCCAACCAGUAUGGUGAAGGGGAUAAUGUGUGCAGUAGCAGCAGUGUUAACAGUGUUAGUGUGGAGGACAUGUCGCUGUGUCUGGCUGCCAUUAAGAAGUUGGUGGAGUACAUUAACUUCAACUUUAUGGAGGGUGACACACCUCCAUCAGCCAGCCCAUCAUCCAGCAGUGAGGGGUUAGAUGUUGAGAUUCAUGCUGUUUUCCUCAGUAAAAAUCAGGCAGAUACAACUGAGUUUGGCCUCAGCUUUGGGAAUAUCCCUAUUUUUGGGGACCCUGAUGGGAGAAAGAAGGGAGGCCCAAGGAGGAGGCGGGACCAGGGCCCCAUCAUGGAUGUGGGCUGCAUCUGGGUGACAGAAGUGAGGAAGAGGAGCCCAGCAGCCCGCUGUGGGGAGAUCAAACUGAGAGACGAACUGCUGUCACUGAAUGGGCAGCUGAUGGUUGGAGUAGAUGUCAGUGGAGCCAGUUAUCUGGCUGACCAGUGCUGGAAUGGAGGCUGUAUCUACCUGAUCAUGCUGCGGCGAGUCAAGCGAAAGGCUCCUCUCCCUCCCUUUGAUCUCAGUGGCAGUGUCAGUACCGCUGUCAGCAGUGAUAGCAGUGAAGACCAACAGCAGGGCAGAGCUGCCUCUGAGCCCUCUGACAGAUCUGCAAACUGCAAACGCACACGCAAGUUUGGUGUCAUAUCACGAUCAUCUUUUAACCGAGACAACAGGGCCAGUACUGACCCAGAAAUCCAGAGCUGUUACAACGGGUAUACCUCUUCUAUUCCCACUGAUACAGAAGUCAGUUCUCCAGGAGAUGCCUCAGGUUACAUCCUCUCAUCACAUACACCUGCAGAGGAAAGCCGAGACGCCUUUCUUCAGCCCAGAGAGGGCAGCCACAUCUGGAAGAUGCACAUGGUGAAGGGUCAGGAGGGCCUGGGCAUACAGAUAACAGGGGGGCGUGGCUCCAAGCGCUCUCCUCAUGGCAUCAUUAUAGCUCAUAUAGAGGAGGGGGGUGCCAUUCACAGGGACGGUCGUCUUCAUGCUGGUGAUGAGUUGCUGAUGAUUAAUGGUCAGUCUCUGGUAGGUCUCACUCAUCAGGGGGCUGUAAAUAUUCUGCGCUCCACUACUGGUCUGGUCCAACUUGUGGUGGCCAGCAGGGAGGAGACAGAUGUGGGUUUUGAGCGCUUCCCAUCCACCAGUCUGCCAGACCUGGUCAGCACCUGCAGUUCCUUAUCCUCCCUGUCUCAGACUGCUCUUGCUCACUCACCCCAGACUUCCAACAGCAGCACGAGCCUUCACUGCCCCUUCCUGUUUACUAACCUGGAGAAACUAGAGGAACAAAGUCAAGUAGAGGCACCCAAAGGAUCCUUUGGCAACCCCACAGCCACAAAGCUCUGCAGCCGAUCCCAAGGUGGGAGCAGUCGCCUGGAGUCAGUGGGGGAGGAUGAUGAGCUGUUUGUGGACAAUGGUGUGAGCGGCUGUGAAGUGGUGGAUAAGCCUCCGCCUGGCCGACGUAAACACUCUCUACCUCAACAACUAGACAUUGCUGGAGUGAGACAGGAAUAUCAGAUAAUUAAGAAAUCAGCCCGUUCCCUGAGCACUAUUCAAGUGGAAUCUCCAUGGCGACUGGCACAGCCAUCUAUUAUCUCCAGUAUAGUGCUGAUGAAAGGCCAGGGCAAGGGCCUAGGAUUCAGUAUUGUUGGUGGGCAGGACUCAGCACGCGGUCAAAUGGGGAUUUUUGUCAAAACCAUUUUCCCUCAUGGAGCUGCGGCAGCUGAUGGACGACUGAAAGAGGGAGAUGAAAUACUGGAAGUGAACGGAGAGUCUCUCCAAGGACUCACACACCAACAAGCCAUCCAGACCUUCAAGCAACUGAAAAAAGGUGUGGUGACACUGACGAUUCGAACUCGUCUGCGUAGUCCCAGUCUGACACCCUGUCCGACCCCCACCCUCCUCAGUCGCUCCAGCUCGCCCAACUCUAAUACCAGCGGGGGAACUCCUGUCCCCUCAGGGUUUGAAGAGACUGAUGGCAGCAAGGGCCCUGGUCCUGGUCCAAAAGACUGCAUCAUCAUGGAGGUCACACUUAAUAAAGAGUCUGGUGUUGGUCUGGGGAUUGGAGUUUGCUUUCUGACCCUGGAGAACUCUGCUCUUGGCAUCUACAUCCACAGCUUGGCACUGGGAUCUGUGGCCAAGAUGGAUGGCAGGCUCAGUCGUGGAGAUCAGAUACUGGAGGUGGACUCAGUCAGUCUUCGUCACGCUGCUCUCAGCGAGGCGUAUGCAAUCCUCAGUGAAUGUGGCCCUGGACCGGUCAGUCUCAUUAUAAGCAGGCACCCUAACCCAAAGGUAUCAGAACAGGAGAUGGAUCACAUUAUAGCUCGAUCUACACACAGAGAAAAAAUGAGCAGGAACAGACACUCAUCUCCGUCCCAAGGUCUGUCCUGUAAGAGCCCCUACCCAUCGAUGAAGGACAGACAGGGAGAUGGCUCCACUGCUCUCAGCUGGACCAUGAAGAGAUUCCUUGAGCCUGGCAGUAGACAGAGGUCCCUGAGCACAGAGACAGAGUUAUCUCAGUACCUCUCACAGGACGUUUCCAGCCACUCAUUCCUGUCUGAGUCCAUGCCGAUGGGCUUGAACUGUGAUGAGGCUCUCCACCAGCCGAGUUGCAGUGCUUCCAUGGAUGUCAACUCAUCACUGUCACAUGAAGUGGAGAGUGGCCCUCUGUACAACGCAUCACCAGACAAGACCCCUGUCCCUCUUAAUGUAGAGGCAGUUUUCCAGCACACUACUGUCUCUAGCCCUACCUCAGUGCGGAGCCCACUUCAACGUCAGCGACGGGUGAUGUGCUUUGAAGAUGAGUUCAGUGAUGAUGAGGACUCAGACAAUACUGGAAACACUCGGCGCUUCGACAGACCAACAAAAUCUGACUCUGUUAACAUCAAUGAUGACCAAACAUCCCAAAUUUCCAAAAAUGAUUCAUCGGUUGUUAUUACUACAUCUACUACAUCACUGUUAGAUGUACAUGGAGACAGUGAAGAUGGUUGGGAAUUACAGAGGUGUGCAAACAAUGAUUUGACAACACCACUCUAUGGUAGUUUUUCACAGUGUGAGGAAGUAAUUACCAAUAAGUCUGAGUCACCCUUUAUGCCCACCUACUACCCCUUUGACUACAAAGCAGGGGUGGCAAGCAGUAUGGGCUCUGUGUCCAGUAAUUUGACCACCAUUAGUGAAAACUAUACAAAUCAAGAUGAUGGACAGUUGGUGUCAAAGUGCUCCCCCAAGCUUGAGCACAAAGCAGUGACACGGGUCAAAAGUGUGAUGAGCACUGAAGCACCAAACCUGCCCCAGCAGCAAAAGUCUAAAGUUAAUGAGCCCUUUCCACACGUGGCCCCAUCCCAGCCCCUGUCCCAUCCCACACAGUGUGGAAGAAACCCCAGGAUUGCUGGUGGGUCAAUACCCCAUCAGCACAGUAAGAAGGGAGAUGCCAGUGAGCUUGUGGGUGACACUGUGACGCUGAGGAGAUGUGAGGAUGAGUCUUUCGGGCUUGAUCUGGAGAUUAUUUCAUCCCCUCUGAAAGUUGUCAUCACUAGGUUAAAGCCUGGUGGUGCAGCAGAAAGGGGAUCUUCAGCCAAGCUGUGUCCUGGAGAUGAGAUUGUAAAAAUUGGAGAAAAGCUGGUGUGCUCCUCUAGUUACCAGGAAAUCUGUGAGCUAAUGCACAGCCUUCCUAUGACACUGUCCUUGGAAGUCAAGAGACCAGUUUCAGCUGUAGAUCGACUUUCCAGUUUGAUAAUUUCAUCAGGGAGCUGUGAUGGAAUCAUCAGACUGAGCCCAGCCAGAUCUGUUCAGGAGACGUCUGAUGAAGGACAAGUAAUAAUUGCAAAUUCAGGGAAUUCCAACCACACAACCCAAACAGAACAUGACUUUAAAAUACCCAUCACCAGUAUAGAUGACAUUUUAUUAGACGUGAGCCUCUGCAGUGAUAAAAAUACACACACCAAAUCCCCAUACAAAAUAUUGUACAAUGAGCCUGUAUCCUGUUGUUCAAGCCAACAUACUGUGACGCUGACUAAGAAAGCUGGCAUUGAGGUUCCAAUACAGUAUAGUCCCCUGGACUUCUCUAUCUUGGAUGCAGGAAAAAAAUGUGCCAUCCUCCCUGUUGAGACAAUACAUGUGAAUCAACCAAAGGAAAAUGCUGGUUCUAAAUAUAUGUACCCCACUGGAGAUGACAGUGAUUCAAACAGUGACUCCACCACUGACAGCAAUCUAAUGGUCAAUAAGAUGGUCAACAGUGGUGGAAGCCUUCAUGAGCCCUCCUCAGAUGAGGAAGAAGUGGAGUUUUGUUCUUGUGAUGCCCAGCAAUCUGCUGCUGGUGGACACUUUCAUUUAAGCCACUCAUCAAAUCGGUCUUCACCUUUUCAUCAAGCCAGCAGUCAAGAUACAAACCUGGAUCAGACCUUUGAGAUGAUGUGUGUCUCCUCUGAUGUCUCAGUGAGAAACAAAGAAAAUUCUGUGACAGCAACCCAGCGCUCGCAGCUUUGUCAGUUUUUCGGGAUGUCCUCUAUGGAGCAACCAUGCCAAAUUGCUGACAGUACAAUACCUGUGUCUCCUACAGGGUGCAGCAUUAACAGUGCCAUUGCACCCUAUAACAACGUUGAAGUAUGUUUGGCAUCCAGUCUUGGUAGCCUAAAUAUUUACAGCAGCCCCUCCCCACCAGAUAACCAAAGUGUCACUCAGGGUACUACUGCAAAUUUGCAUGCAGAUGCCUUGCUGACCUCAGAUUUGCUGAAGCAUUUGAAUACAAAAACACCCCUUUCACCUUCAAUGGAAUCAGAGAUCUGGGGUUCAAGCAUGGGCAGAUCAGAUACAAGAGUGCCAGCAUCAGUGAUAAACAAAGAAAAAGUCUUGAAAUGUAAAGCUAAUUUAAACCCUCAUGCUAGCUCCUCAAGUAAGAAGACCGCUGGUCUAAAACUCCUUGAUAAUUCAGACUGUCCUGUGUGGAGCAGCAUCUUUAAACUUCAGGUUGAAUCUCAAAUAAGACCAAACAUUAGUGCUCCCAAACUGAAAGGCCUAAGUAUUAAGAGCAAGAACAAAUCACAGGAAGUGCCUCUUCAAAAAUACAACAUCAGUGAAAGUCCAGUUCUUUCAAACAGUAAUGCUGCCUUGAACCAGUUAACAAAAUUACCACCAGUGGCAACAACAUCCAGCUGUUUGAAGACCAAUAACCAGUCUGAUAUGAACAGCUACCUUGCUUUGCCCAAAGUAAGUAACAGAAGGCAAGUUACACCGCAGCACAGACAUGCAGAUGGCACAUUACAAACUGUGCAGCUGGCCAAGGAGAAGAGCAUCCAUUUAGGUUCCAAAAUAACAGCAAGAUCACAGGGCCAUUCACAGCAACCUUCCACUCAGAGAACAUUUAUAGAAGUUCAUGUCUCUUCCAUAUCUGGUUCAUCAUCACCAGUUUUGGCACACUAUGAUACAGUGAAUUCAAAAGACUCUAAACACACUCAAAGAGGCACAGAUGCAAGAUUAGCAUCUAUGCUUUCUCCUGCCUAUUCCACUGUAGUAAAAACAAAUGCCAUCGUCUGUAACACAGAAUUGAAUUCACUGUGUCCUACUAAAGAAACUCAUUCAACCACAAUUAAUAGCUCAAAACCCAGUACUAUUGUGGAGACAAGUGAGAUCCUAAAGCCCUGCACAUCCAGAUUAUACAUAAAAACAAUCGAAAAGCAAAGCUUCUCCACAGGCGCUACCUUGUCUGCAGCCUACAAUCCCUUCUCUGUCCAGCAUAAGAUAAAGUCCUUUGAAAACCUAGCCAACUUUGAAAAGCCUGUGGGUAAAAACAGUGACAUUCAGUCUUAUACGCUGGCAUAUAGAGCCUCACUUAACCAAAGGAUUGCCGGUUAUAUAGGAUUGGUUAAUGCUAUUGACUGCCGGGCAAGGCAAAGAAGUUUUUUUUCUUAUGUGGAGAAUCUAAUCCCUACGACACCGUGCUCACCUCUUCUUGAUAAACCCUCAUCUAACAUUAAACUGAUGAACCUUGAGUUUCAACAUACAAGCUGUAACACAGCUCCCCUGUUGGAGGACAAUCCGGAGGCUGAAGUUCAAAAAUCUCCAGAUGGGAUUAAACCACAAACCCCUCCAGUGCUGCGGAGGAAACAUGGCAAACAGCCCCGCAGCAGGUUGCAGCAGCUCAGGGCUCUUAGUAUGCCUGAAUUGGAAAAACUAUGCUCAGUGGACUUUACCAGAGGACACGGUACAGCUGUACCUAAAACUGAGACUGGCAUCCAUCCCACAAUUCCUACAAAAGCCACAGUGGCUGAGAUUUUCCCGCCCUCUGCAACCCAGACAAAAGUGGAAGUGAACAAGGUGAGCUCAGAUGAUCCUGGAUACACUGAAGUGAUGCCUCAGACAACCCCAGAGACCCAUGCACAACAGCCUGGCUGGUCCAUCAGUUUAAAGGAGCUGGCUACUUCUCCUCUGAGUCAGUGUAAGCUGCAAACACUGCUGUUCUCCCUGACAGCUAAAUCAUACGUGUUGGCCCUGAUUCAGGAGGCCAAGGCCCUCUCUGAGGUUAACAACGAUACUCACCUUGUUGUCUUGAGUAAAGAAGAAGGCUUAGGGCUUGGUUUUAGUAUUGCUGGUGGAGUUGACCUUGAACAGAAGGCAAUAACUGUUCAUCGGGUCUUCACCAAAGGUGCAGCUAGCCUUGAAGGCACAAUCCAGAGAGGUGACAGCAUUUUAUCCAUAAAUGGCACAUGUCUGGAGGGUAAAACCCAUGGAGAGGCUGUGUCUUGCCUUCAUCAAGCCAGGCUGUCCAAUCAAGCCUUAGUAGUCAUUUGGAGAGACAAGGACGGUGAAGUAAAUGUCUCGGACAGACACAACUCGGCUAGCCAGCCAAAGUGUAUGCAACCUGCCAGGAAGAAAUCUUUGGAAGCUGGAGCAGUGGUGGAUUUAGGUCCAGAUCAUGCUUUAAUGGUGGAGCUUCACAAGACUUCUGCUGGCUUGGGCUUCAGUCUGGAGGGGGGAAAGUCCUCAAGCCACGGAGACAGGCCUCUCAUUGUCAAACGCAUCUUUAAAGGUGACCUUCUCUCUGAGGUGCUGCAGAGCUGUCGGGGGUUAUUGAAGUUGGCGAUGAGGUCCUGUCUAUCAACGGCUGUUCUCUGGAGGGCCUCAUGCACCAUGAUGCCUGGAAAAUCAUCAAAGCGACUAACGAAGGGCCCAACCACCUCCUCAUCCGCAAGUUGAGUACCUGACUGCAAUGAACAAGAAUAUUGAAACCUCUUGAGAAGGGCCAAUGUGAAACUCCCCUCUAACACAAGGUAUGGACCAGCAGUAGAAACGAGGACGAGCAUUUUCCCACUUUUCUACAAAUUUUCUGACUUCUUCGGACUUCAUUUGAGGUUUUGUGUUUUAUCCUGUUACAUGUGUUUAUACUUAUAAACAGGUCGAAUUGGAUGGACCAAUUACUAUUGAGGUGUACAGUGCUGAAUUAUGCUUUAUUUCAGAUGGGAAGCGCAGUUUGUUUACAGUAGAUUUACAUUGAAACAUUAAAGAAAACAAUAUGGUUGUCAGUUGUACCUUUUAUAAAAUAAAGUCCGUAUGUGAAAAGAUCUAUGGCUGGUUUUGGUUAUAGCAUCCAUCCUAACUUGUGUGAGAUAACAAUUGUUAAUAACCACAAAUGGGUGAAAUAAGGUAAUAACAUUUAAGGAAUGUAUAAAGCAGCUAGGAGGAAAACUUUGGCCUUAAAUUAAUCAAAGUUUUCUCGAAUUCUUACAAGGAAGAAUAAAUGUUAAGACUUGGUCUCAGCUCCCUAAUUAUUUUUAGAGGGCUUCAUUGGACAGUUCUCCUAAAUUAGUUAGGUGUGACCAGCAGAGACAGUAGCUGCACACUUUUAAUAUUUUGUGAAAUUUAUCAUGAUAAGUUGAUAAUAGACACAAGGUAUGUCCCAAUACCCCCACAACAUGAAAGAGUUCAUAAUAUAACAAUAUAAUAACAUUAUAUCAAGCUAUAUCAAUCAUAAAAAGUUAAAUAAUUAUUAUAUUGGCUAAACUGUGAAAUAAACAAAUUGUGUUGAGUUUUUGGUUGACCAAUGAGUUCUGUGUUAAGGAAAAAUGAUUGAGUAGUCCUCAUUUUACAACCAUCGGGGGUCACUGCAGUCAACAGUGAAAAAGGUGACCUAAACUUAUUUUUUACCUUGGGCAGUUUACCGCUGACCUUUGUAACAUUUCAGGAUUUUUCCACUGGACAUGAGCUGCUGAAAUGUCAAUAAAAACUGGAAAAAUUGAGUCCUACAACUUUUGACCGGUAGUGUAUUUCAACUGUAUAUACUGUAUAUGUAUAUGUUAUUAUCAUUAUUAUUAUUAUUAUUAUUAUCAAACAGAAAAUGUGCGUGUCCUCAGAUGUUUUUCUGUACUGCAAUAAUCUAGGAUCUACUCUUAUCCAAUUUAAGAAACCUCUGGAGCUCUCUUAAUUUCAAGAUUAUUUUAAGUUUUUACUCUAAAGUUAAUGAAUAGGAAUAAAAGUUUUUUUUCUAAAUAGACAGAAUAUCUCAUAACCCCUCAAUUAGAAAACAUACAUUUACUAUGUUUAAAUAAGGUAUUUUAGGUUAAUCUAACCCUAAGGGUUAGAUUCAGCUGGCAUCUCCUUUUUGUCUGGACUGGCUGUUUUCCCAGCAUGUGUAUGUUUUGUGAUCGAGGGUUAACGAGCUAUUCUGUCUUUUCCACCAGCACCUGAAUGCAGCAUGCAUUUUUGGAUCUGUGUAGAGCUGGAGACCUUGAAAAGAUUUUCAAAACACCACACGCAAAUGUAAACUGAUCCGUGCAUAUCAGGGGAUCCAUGCACACAUAUUUAACCAUCUGUAAAUAAAUCAAAAGAAUGUCACAAAUAUUUUUAGACAUUUUAGGAAGCUUUUUGAAAUCGAAAGUGAUCAGAUAUUUGAAAUUAAAGUUAAAAAUCUGUACUUAAAAUAUCAGUAUUUAUUCAGGUUUUGAUGUGUGCGUUUGCAAAAUUGAUUUACAUGUGUUGAAAUUAAGAUAUUUGUUUGUGAAUCUGAACACGCACAUUUGCUCCAACCAUCUGGAUCUGUGUUUAUCACAACUAUUCGACAAUAAACAUAUGCAAUUGAAUUUUUUUAAACUCCAUUUUAUUUUUUUAUUCCAUAAUAUUUCUCACUACCAAACAAUCUACUAUAUUUAUAAUAUAUCAGUAAGAAAAAUAAUCGAAAAUGAUCUGAAAUGGAAACAAACAGAAAACCAACUGUAGCAGGAAAGAAAUUCUGCUGUUGCUCGUUCUAGUUGUUUGCAUGGCUGAUAAAUGAAAAGAAAGAGGAAAAAAAAGUGGUGUAACAUCCUAUCAAAUGAUCAAAUCAAAUGCAAAAAGGAGGCUAAAACUACGUUACCCUCUUCUGAAUUAUACUAAUGCUUCAGCUAAUGUAUUAUUUAUCAUGACCAAUGCAUUAGCCUAUUGUAGAAUCACUCCAAAGCACAUCCCAGAAGGUGCUCACCUCUGUUUCUGUUCUGCAGCCAUCUAGAAUCUACUCUUAACUAGAUUCAGAGACCUCUGAAGCUCUCUUACUUUAAAGAGUAUUUUUCUGUUGUAAGAAAAUUUAUAAAUAACUUUUAUUCUUAAGUUAUCAAGUUGGAGCAAAAGUGGAACAUUUUUCCAUAUGUUUUGCGUAAGUUCAAAAUUUCAGUUAAUUAGGUUGAUAAAUAUAGGCCCCAAUAGUUUCUGCUGUUACCAGCCUAACAGGAUGCUCUGCAGAUUCUACUCGGGGUUUAAAAAAGGUGACAUGUAUAAUCAGAAUGGGAUUUAGCAAUUCGAAGUCCUUGGGUUUGUUUUAUGAAAGACCCUUUUAAAUAAUAUGGUAUAAAUUAGCUGUGGAGGUCAUAUAUAAAGAAAAUGGUCACGAGAUAUAAACCAAAGCUUUUAAAUGCUACUGUCUUUUUUAUUACAACCAAUUUACUUGCAUGAAAAAGUGCUUUUUACCAUUUACAAAAACACCAAGAUCACUAAAUGCACAGCUCAGGUCAGAGAUUUUACCUUAAUGUACUGAAACUUUUGACUGAGGAAGAUUAACAUUUGUAUAGAAACUGCAAUCUUGGUAAAACUUAAAGUGAAUUUCAUUUUAUUUCAAGGGUUUUUUUUACCACGAUCUAGUCUGAAACUGUUGAGGGAAUUGAACAAAUGAGGAAAAGAUUUCACUUUUGCUUUCUCUCUUGACAAAUGCAGAACUCACAUACGUUGGUAUUACUGUUAUGUGUUACCUAAGGUUUGCUGUUUUUAUCAACCUUUUUUUCGUGGGAUUUUAAUUUCCAGAUUUCCAGUGAAAUUCUUGUUCUGGGUUAUGAAUGGAUUUAUAAAAAAACUGAAUUAUGAUAAUAACAUGUUUUUUUUGUCAAAAAGAUAAUUGAAAACUCACACACUGCCAUAGGUAGAAAGCCAACACCAUACAAAAUUCAUGGUUUAAAUGCAGUACUAGUGGGUGUUAUGUCAAAAAAAGAAAACGUGAAACUUUCAGUGUAACACCUCAGCGUACCAGCAAACCCUUCACGAGAGAAGCUGCAGCUCAAACCUUUUCCCUGAUUUCAGAAACUCUAAGAGUAUUUUCAUCCUUAGAGUUUCCUCACUGCUAUACAACACAUGCCAUCACUCCUCUUUUUUCAGCAAGACAAGACAAGAAAAUUCAAAACCACCAUCAGAAAACAUUUAAUCACAAGGGAUCAAGGCAAGGAUGAAUCACAUUACAUUUUAUUCUGUGCUAAACUAACUGCUUAGUUGUAAAUAAUAUUUAUUGUUUCUUGAAAGGACAUAUCCUUUUUCUUUUGAGAUAUGUAUUAAUGACAUGACCAUUUCAUUUGAAUUACCCAGUGUCUUUCACAUUUGCCAUUUUUAUUCUUUUGUUCUGUUCUGUAUUGUUUUGUUUCAUAUAUUUUGUUUUACCAAAUAAAAUAACGUAUUAUUGGAGGUUUUAUGCUGAAUGGUAAUAUUUGCAGUAAUGACACAAAAAAUGCUCAGUAAAAUGAUGUGAAUAAUUACUCAAUUGGAAUAAUAAAAUAAU